AUGUCGACAUUAGCCCGCGCCCUCCGCCCGGCUCGCCGCCUCCGAGUCGCUCCGCCGGCCCAGGCCGCACCCCUCGUCGUCCGGAGGUGCUUCGCCGACAAGCCGCCCAUCUACACCGAGCCCGCCGUCAACAACGAGCUGGGCGUCGGCGAGUUCGAGGGCAUCAAGUUCCGCGUCGAGCCGCUGCGGCGCGUGGGCGAGGACGAGCGGACCAUGCGCGCCCGUCUGCUCUACCAGUCCCGUAAGCGCGGCACCCUCGAAUCCGACCUCCUCAUGUCGACCUUUGCCAACGAGCACCUCCCGCACAUGACAAAGGCCCAGAUGCAGCAGUACGACCUGUUCCUCGACGAGAACGACUGGGACAUUUACUACUGGGCGACGCAAGAGGAGGCCCCCUCCAACUCGGCCCCGACGCAGAAGCCAGAGACGGACACCCUCGCCUCGGCGACCACCAAGGGCUCCGAGUCCUACCGCCCCGUCGGCGACGGCGCCGCCGCAACCAUCGACUCUGGCCGUGCCGCGCCGGCCAAGCCCGCCGAGGACGUCCGCACGCAGCCGCAGCGCGCCGGGGAGUGGGCCAACACCAUCGGCACCUUCAAGGCGCAGUACCGCCCCGUCCCGCGCGGUGGCAGGGCAGCGAGGUCCUCGAGAUGCUGA